AUGAAAAAGUUCAUGCCAUACAACAACUAUAUGCGCCUACAAUCACGAAACGGCAACCCACGUUGCGCCCAACGUACGGUAUUACGCCUUCUCCGCCGGUUUCAAAAUGACAGGGGUAGCGGUUACUUCACAGCAUUUUUAACUCCUCCCAAGGCUAUUGCAGCCAUCACCGCAGACCCCUGCCUUGGCCAUUCAGCAGAGCCUCAACCCGCGACCUCCUUCACAGCAAUUUUAACCUCCCCCAAGUGCAUCAACAACAGCCUCAAAUCCCAACUCAGCCCAUAUAAAUCCUCCACCCACCCUCCCCUUCCCCAAAAAAGCCAUUGCAAUGCCAACGCUGUUGGUGGACAAAACCACACCACACCCAUUCACUUAAAAAGCAAAGCCGCCGAAAAGUCUAUCUCCUCGAACUUGGCCAAAGCGCCUUAG